GGGGUUUCCGAACUGUUAUGCUUUCAAUCUAAUGAAUGUCGCCGAUACGAGAAACAAUCUUGCCAACACAGACUGGAUCAGUUUUAGCACUUGCUUCCCUGCUCCGCUAGUAACGCUGACGCAAGCUGCAGUUUACGCUUUCUAGUGAAACGCCUAGUGAACUGUGGUGUAUGCUAUAGCUGGGACUGCAAUUGUAGACUGCCACUUAACUCAAGAUCGCAAUGGCACGGGGACGUGUGGAUCAGAACCCUACGGGAUGUGCUCUGGCUGUGAUGCUACUGGCUGCUACUGCUUCAGUCCUGGCCGGUGUUGGCGACGCCUUUGUCCACGGCUUUCCGCCAUAUCGCAACGCGGAACGCCACUGCCAAACGAAGACACUGAGAGCCGGAGUGUGCGAUAGGAGAUCAUCCUCCCACAUGGUAUCGUCAAUAACGGCAGCAAUCACGCACGGAAAUGAUUUCUUCUUGACAAGCAGCCAAGGUGUUCAAAUGAUCUUUGGUCCCUUAUUGAUGACACAGGUAGACUCCAACAACCGUCUGAUAACGGAAAUAACGAAGCAGAGCAAAAGACAAGGCUCAGCCAACGUUUACACUCGCCUAAGCCACUACCACUUCAAGUCGCGUUGCGACGAGUUGGGAGCUGUGUACAGGAUGAACAAAUGGGCGUAUAAGCAGCUGAAAAGCACAGGCCGUUGGAACCAACUUCCGUCUGCAAUGCAGGACACAGUGAAACAGAAUGCUUGCCUGGCUAAACAACUGCAAUGCAUGCACUGCCCGAUCCAUCCAACAUUUGGCACCGAAUCCAACGAGCUGAGACGUCUGCGGAAUAACAUUCAGUGGCUUGUUCUGCCUCGAAAGCUCAAGGAACUGAGGGCUGUCAUGAAGGCCAUACUCGAAGACACCAAGAAAUCGUUCACAAAUUCCAUUCUAAUGUCGCGACGUCGGACACUUAACCAGCUUUUCGAUUAACCAAAGCGGCUGAAUAUAGAGUGUGCAAAUCCUAUCUCGAGCUGCGAUGGGUUCACCCACGGCGGAUUUUUUUAUUGUGUCAUUCUUUGGUUAAAUUUGACUGUAGUGGUAUAUCCCUGGACAUUUAAAUUAAUUAUUUUAUUUUGAACAACCCAGCCCUGCGUUUAUUGCUCAAUAUGUAGCAUAUACUGUAACACGUGUAGUUUUCCUCACUG